GCUUUAGUUACUUUUGUAGCCAAGCAAAAGCGCAACGAAAAGGGAGCAGCCAGUUUCUUUUUUAACUCGUGCUCUUGCAGUUCACAAGCUUUCGCCGCGCAAGAUGCCUGGUGUAUUAAGAAAUGUCUCUAGAACCUUGCUUCAACGUACUUUGGGAGCGGCAAACUCAAAGCGACACUCAUCCACUGAUAUUAGCACGGUGACACUGAUACCUGGCGAUGGUAUUGGUCCAGAAAUAUCCAGUGCUGUGCAGGAUAUCUUCAAAACUGCUGGUGUGCCAAUCCAGUGGGAAACAGUAGACGUCACACCAGUGAAAGGGCCAGAUGGAAAGUUUGGCAUCCCACAGAAGGCCAUCGACUCUGUCAACAAGAACAAGAUCGGACUCAAAGGUCCCCUGAUGACACCCAUUGGCAAAGGCCAUCGUUCUCUCAACCUUGCACUGAGGCAGGCGUUCAGUCUCUAUGCAAAUGUGAGACCGUGCCGUUCACUCGAGGGCUUUGAGACACCCUACAAGGAUGUGGAUGUUGUGACGAUCCGUGAAAACACUGAGGGAGAGUACAGUGGCAUCGAGCACGAGAUUGUACCAGGAGUGGUGCAGAGCAUCAAGCUGAUCACCGAGCCUGCAUCAAGAAACAUUGCCAACUAUGCGUUUGAGUAUGCCAAAGCAAAUAACCGGACCAUGGUUACUGCUGUACACAAAGCCAACAUCAUGCGGAUGUCUGAUGGCCUUUUCCUACACUGCUGUCGAGAAGCAGCUGAGAGGAACCCUUCCAUUAAGUACAAUGAGAUGUACCUGGACACACUGUGCCUCAAUAUGGUUCAGGAUCCAUCUAAGUUUGAUGUUCUUGUGAUGCCUAACCUUUAUGGAGACAUCCUAAGUGAUUUGUGUGCUGGUCUUGUUGGAGGACUUGGAGUGACACCAAGUGGGAACAUUGGCUAUGAUGGAGCUAUUUUUGAAUCGGUCCACGGGACAGCGCCAGACAUUGCUGGCCAGAACAAAGCAAACCCAACUGCCCUUCUGCUCAGCGCUGUCAUGAUGCUGCGCCACAUGAAGCUCACAAACUUUGCUGACGUCAUCGAGACUGCCUGCUUCGACACAAUCCGGGAAGGAAAGUAUCUCACCGCUGAUUUGGGGGGCAACGCCACGUGUUCCGACUUCACAUCGGAAAUUUGUUCCAAGGUAGUUGCUGCCAAGAAGUAGCCACCGUAGCAAGAUCUACACCAUCACCGGCCAGCAGAAAAGACAGUCUUUCAGAAUGACAGUUUAGCUGUAGAAAAGAGCACAAUAGAAUAUAGAAUAGAAUCUUUGCUGUUUUUUUUUUUUUUUGAAAGCCCUUUUUCUCAAGUUUGUUCAGUAAUGUGGUGCUGUGGUCUGUAGAAUCUAGUGGACCAAGUCGCUGGUUACAAAAUUUGAGUACCUCUCCACAUAUUGCGCAUUUCGAUUUGGUAGAUAAUUGAAUUCACUUACCGGUUUGGUCUGUUCACGACUUGAUUUUAGUAAUGCAGCCAGCUGCUUGGUCAGCAUUGAGUACUUUGUAACUCUCGCUUUUGGGCACGUGUGACUUGCAGCAUGAGCCGAUUGUCUUGAGGCAACGGAGGUGGAUGCGAAGAAAGAAACAUUCACGCAGGCACAUUUCAGGACUGGAUUUACCACAUUUGCACGAUUCAAACGCACACCUUUUUUGAGCAAAAAUGUGCAGUCAAAUUUGCAUGCAUGUUUCAAUCGUAGCUAAUUCUACUCAAUAUCAAAAACAAAACCGAUUCUUACUAAAAUAGAAAGCUCAAUGCAAGGUAGCUAGCCUCAGUGUCAUUGAAUGGACAUUUUUUUAUGCCUUGGUUUGGGGUCGCCAUUUUCCAGUUUGCUGUAUGUCUGGAAUUUCUAAUGCAUUAGAUGGAACUGAAGAUGGGCAGCAAGAAGGAGGUGUCGGUCAGACUACGAUAGUGACUAGCCGCUAAGAUUCAGCUGUGUGCAAGUCUGGGUGCCUUUGUGUGUUCCAUAAAGUUGUUUCAACACGUUAUGUGUUGACUCAAGUGUUGUUACUUGAUGUGUACGGUAGAAUUGGCACCAAGUGUGUACGAUAGAAUUGGCACCAAGUUAAUUUUUCUUUUAUAUAACUGUACAGUAAUAUAACUGCGCAUUACAAUUGGGGGCGUGGUAAAAUAUUGCAAAUAAGAUAUUUUCAUGCUGCACUGCUGUUGAGUGUACUGACCAUGCCGUCACCACUUCAGGGAAGGCCUUUAUUGCAAAGGCUGUUGGGUCACGUGAGGGUGGAUGUGGCAAUCUCUAAGUUAUGUCUUUGGGGUUGCUGAAGAGCCCCGCUAACUUUGUAGUUAUGACGAUCCUUGGUUCUAGCUUGAUCCUUCUUCCCUGUAUUGAGCCUCGGUAGAUAAGAGGACAUUGUGCAACUAAAUAAAAAGUUAAAGCUCAUGGAUGUGUAUCAAUCCUUAGUAGCUCAUGCAUCAAAGAUGAUGAAGCUGUACAAGGUAGUUCUUGUACCCUUUGGAAUUUCUAAGGGUCUGUUCUUCCACUGCCUGAAAUCUACCUAAAACUUUGCAAACACUUCAAGAUAGCUGAUGCAAUUCCUUUGCUGUACCAGGACCUUUUCAAACAUCUCGCUAUAUCCGAGCUUAGUUCUUCAAUAAUCUUCACAACCACCAACAUUUUUAUUUUUUUUCUGUAUUACUUGCCAGCUACACAGACUCCUGCAUAAAACUGUAUUUCAACAGUCUGGUCACAUGGCCGCUUCAUACGGCUGCUUCGUACGGUGACUGCAUGGCUGGCUGUUAUUAAUGAUAGCUCAUCAUGAAUGCUAGCAAGCAGCUACAUGUUUCCAGAGACGCUUUGGUCAAACGGCUGCUUCAGGGCUCCAACAGAGGUCGUGAUGUUGGCUCUUCUGUGGCUGACAUUCAAUACUGGCCCUGCUGUCUCACACCGCCACCGCACGAACAACGUUUUGGAACUCCCCUUAACAGAAUCGCUGUAAAACAGGCUGAUUUUAGAUGUCGGUGCACCAAUAAACGUCAAGCUUCAAGCCUUCUCUUCUUCUUUAAUUGAUGUUUUUGCUGAAGCAACUCAUGGGGCUACAUAGUGCAAAGUUUGGCUUCUCAUGAAGGCAUAAUCUGAGACACGUCACCUGACCUACAUGUUGUUUCACGUGAAAAUGCACGUCAUUUAUUUGCACAUUUAUGUUCAAUAAGCAUGCCUCCAAAAUAAGUACACCCUGGAAUGAAAAUCAUCAAUGUUUGCACACCCAUUUGAAUUAUGGUAAAAAGUGUCCAUGCAGUAGAAGUAUUUUGUGGUCUUGUGCUGUAGUCAACGUACGAAGUGCAAAGAUAGUUUGCGGGGGUUGUUAUUUUGUUGCUUGUUAGCAGUUGUUCUUGAAGAGCCAUCUGCUGCUUUAGUGUUCUUCAUUUUAUUACGUAGGGCAUUCUGAGAGAUCAAGUGCUUCUUGUUAACCCAGUUCCACAUAUUUAUCACUUUACAAAGGCAAUGAGAAUACACUUUGCUUCAUUGAUGGUUGCCAAUUUUUAAUCAUUUUGUUGGCCAAAUAUAAUUGAUCUGGCAUCAAUAAACGAAUUUGCAGCCUGGCCUCUAGAUUAUGUGCCGAGAUUAUGAUGAAAUUUCUGCUUGAAUGUGAGUGUGUAUCCAAUACUGAAAGGCAGUUCUAAGUAGGCUUUAUUGAAGGUAGCUUAAAUGUCUUUGAUUAGCCUGAUGCUUGCUCUCUGAAGCAACGAGAGGGAAGUUGCUCUUACGUAUGUCUUUUCUCGUGUCACAAAUGUUGCACGCCUUGUUUGAUACUUAUUUAUAUUGCCCUUUUUCUUGCAUAAUUUUAUGCAAACAGCUCUGCUCCGGAACAUUUAUGGAGCUCAGCUUGUUGCUUGCAAUGCUGUUUUGUUUGAAAUGCUGUGCUACUCGUCUCAAUCCUAAUUUCUGCUGUUUACAAGCAGCCCCUCUAUCUUUUUCUCUUACUCUCUCUCUGUCUUACGUGUUGAAAAAGUUUUGUGGCAUUCGGCGAGGGGAACCGUGGUACUGCUGAAUGUGAAAAGAAGUGUGGGAGAUUUUGAAUGCCAAAUCGUGCAAAAAAGUUUGAACAGAUUGAUCUUUUCUGCUGUGUGUUGCUGAUAUGGUCUUGUGUAAAGUUUUCAUUGCCGUAUCCCGCUAGUUCCUGCAUGUGAAAGAAACUACACAACUGCUUUUUCAGGCACUCUAGGCAACUGCUGUUUUUAAUCUGGCGUUUCUCGAAACACAAAAUGUAAAGUAGAAUUUCGGUGCUAAAUUUAGGUAUAUAAGGCCAAGCAGUUUGCUUGCUCUCUCUCUGUUUUAGUCAGAAAUAGUUUCCUAACCCAAUUUAGCAGCUCUAACGUAACCACGCUUGUGUGUGAAUCCGUUAUAUUAGAGUUCAUACUGCUUCGACUUCGCAGAGAUAAGGAUCCUGUUCCUCAAAUAAGUUACUAACACAUACGUGUGAUGGUCAUUUAAGAAUGUGCACCCCACGUCUUUGCUUUAAGCCAAUGACCUGUCUGUUGCCUUUGUCUCAAUUGGCCACACAUGUACUUUUUACAGGAAGUUUCUGAGUGUGAAAUUGUUUUUUCUGCACUUGUAGUCUCCCCAUCAGCAACCAUGCCAGAUAAAGGGAAGGGCAUUUCUGUGAAGAGCUAAGGGUAAAUUCUAAAUGCAUAGCUCAAUGUCGCCUAGUCUUUCAAUGCGCACGUUAGCACACGCAGUCGCGGUGAUGGCAAGAGGGGGGGCAUAUGAUGCUGCUCCGUGUUUGUUUUGCAGCUCUGUUUGUUUUAGAGAACAUGUCCCGUUUGCACUGUAACUAGAUCCUGCUUGCAUAAAUAAAAGCAAUGCAAGAUACACA